AUGGCGGAUCGUAUUCUGGUGCUGCUGCGCGGUCAGAUGGCGGAGUACGGCACCACCGAACGACUGAUUGGCGCCCCGCAAGCGGAGUACACCAAACUGCUGAUGGAGGCGGCGCGACAGAAAGAGCGCCCAAGCAGCUGGACCUGCGCCGAGGCGGACAUGCAGCCGCUGAUGGAAGUGCGCGAUCUCAGCGCCGGUUAUGGCCCGCGCGACAGCAAUGGCCAUUCUAAAAUUCGCAUUCUUGAAGACAUCAAUCUGAAGCUGUGGAAAGGGCAGGCGAUUGGCAUUAUUGGCGAGUCCGGUUCGGGUAAAACCACGCUGGCGCAUGCCAUUGCUGGACUGAACGCGCCGAGUCACGGCCAUAUUCUGUUUAACGGUCAUUACAUCAAUGGCGACAUGCAUAAGCGCCCGGACAAUGAGCUGCGCCGCAUCCAAUAUGUGUUCCAGAUGGCCGAUACCGCGCUGAAUCCGGCGCACAGCGUCGGGCAGAUUUUGUCGCGUCCGCUGACGCUGUUCCACGGCCUGAAAGGGGCCGAUCGCGAUCGCCGUCUGCAUCAGUUGCUGGAUCUGGUGAAGCUGCCGCGCACCGUGCUGUGGCGCCGCCCGUGGGCGCUCUCCGGCGGGCAGAAGCAGCGCGUCAACCUGGCGCGCGCGCUGGCGGCGGAGCCAGAUUUGAUUCUGUGCGAUGAAGUGACCUCGGCGUUAGAUACCGUGGUGGCUGCCGCGGUGCUGGAUUUGAUCAGCGAACUGCGCCGCGAGCUCGGGCUGUCGGUGCUGUUUAUCAGCCAUGACAUGCAUGCGGUUCGCGCCGUUUGUGAUGAUAUUGUGGUGAUGAAGUCGGGCAGAAUAGUGACCCAAAUCGCCCGCGCCGACUAUGACAAACCGACCAGCGAACUCUAUUUCGAACGCCUGAAACGCGCGGUGCCUGAACUGCGCCAGGGCUGGCUGGAUGAGCAUGAAGAGGUGCUGAAGGCAGAGUAA